AGCCACAAGUGCUGCUUGGAAAGGGCUCAGGUUGUUUCCAGGGGGGAGGACUCUGCAGAGAAGAGACAAAGUUCAACAGGACAACAAAGGAGCAGCAGAAACAGCCAGGAAAAGGAAGAGCCCUCACGCUUUCACACAGAGCCCCCUAUCAGAGUUCUCCAAACCUAAGUUAUUCUGCAAAGGGCCACUUGACCGGAAUUUUUGCCUGCCUUUUCCUUUCUCCAACCACCAUGACUGAGAUCACGGCUGAAGGAAAUACAUCUACGACCACAACUGUGGUAGACAGCAAGAAUGGAUCUGUGCCCAAAUCCCCUGGGAAAGUGGUGAAGAGGACAGUCACAGAAGAUAUAGUGACGACAUUCAGUUCCCCAGCAGCCUGGCUUCUGGUCAUUGCUCUGAUCAUCACGUGGUCAGCUGUGGCCAUUGUUAUGUUUGACUUAGUGGAUUACAGAAACUUUUCAGCAAGCUCUAUUUCCAAGAUGGGCUCAGAUCCUCUAAAACUUGUACAUGACGCUGUGGAGGAAACCACGGACUGGGUCUAUGGCUUCUUUUCUUUGUUGUCUGACAUCAUCUCGUCUGAGGGUGAUGAAGAAGAUAAUGAUGAUGGAGACAAGGACACUGAUAAAGGAGAAGUAGAGGAGCCUCCCUUGAAAAAAAAAGAAAUACACAAAGAAAAGACUGAAAAGCAGGAGAAAACUGAAAGGAAAAUACAAACUAAAGUUACACACAAAGAGAAAGAAAAAGACAAAGAAAAAGGAAAACCUGAAAAGAAAGCAACUCACAAGGAAAAAAUUGAGAAAAAAGAAAAACCAGAAACAAAGACAGUGGCAAAAGAAGAGAAGAAACCUAAGACUAAAGAAAAGACUGAAGAAAAGAUUAAAAAGGAAGUGAAAGGUGCAAAACAGGAGAAGGUGAAGCAAACAGCUGCAAAAGUAAAAGAAGCACAGAAAACAUCACCUAAACCCAAAGAGAAGGACAAGAAAGACGCUGCAGUGGUGUCCAAGCAUGAACAGAAAGAUCAGUAUGCAUUCUGUCGAUAUAUGAUUGACAUAUUUGUCCAUGGGGAUUUAAAACCAGGACAAAGCCCAGCCAUACCACCUCCAUUACCAACAGAACAAGCUUCUGGACCCACUUUGGCAUCACCAACUCUUGAAGAAAAAGAAGAAGAAAAGAAGAAAGCUGAGAAUAAAGUGACUUCCGAAACAAAAAAGAAAGAAAAAGAAGAUGUCAAAACGAAAACUGAGAAGGAAACUGCCAUGGACGUAAAGAAAAAAGAUCCUGGCAAAGUCCCAGAAGCCAAACAAGGGACAAUAAAAAUUGCAGCACAAGUAGCAACUAAAAAAGAUGAAAAGAAGGAAGAUUCCAAGAAAACAAGAACAACUGCAGAAGAACUACCCAAGGGAAAAAAACAGGAAAAGAAAGAAAAACAUGUAGAACCAGCAAAGUCACCAAAGAAGGAGCAUUCAGCUCCAAGUGAAAAACAAGUUAAAGCAAAAACUGAACGAGCCAAAGAAGAGGUUGGUGCUGCCUCAACUAAAAAAGCUGUACCUGGAAAGAAGGAGGAGAAAACAACCAAGACAGUGGAGCAAGAUAUUCAGGUCCCUAACUUUAAAAAAAACCCUGGAGGAGAUCUGAGGAGAUGGCGGAAGAGUAAGACGCGGAGAUCACCUUCCUCCCCACAGAUACAUCAGAAAUACAUCUACACGUGGAACUGCUCCUAUAGAACACCCACUGAACGCUGGCAGAAGACCUUAGACCUCCCAAAAGAAAUUAGAAAAGAAAAAUCCGGGAAGACUUCAUCAGUUCUGAAGGAUAAAGAGCCUAUUAAGGGAAAAGAAGUGAAGGUUCCAGCUUCCCUAAAGGAAAAAGAACCUGAAAUUAAAAAACAUGAAAAGAUGUCCAAAGCAGGCAAAGAAGUCAAGCCCAGGUCUCCACAGCCACAAAUAAAAAAAGAAGAUAAGCCAGAGUCACAAGUUAAAAAGGAAGCAAAACCAGCUUCAUCCGAAAAAGCUCAAAUACACAAACAAGACAUAGUGAAACCAGAAAAGACUGUUUCUCAUGGUAAACCAGAUGAAAAAGUUGUCAAGCAGGCAAAAGCUAUCACAAUAGAAAAAACAGUCAAACCCAAACCAACAAAAAAAGCUGAACAUCAAGAAAAAGAAUCUCCAUCUAUAAAAACAGACAAACCAAAACCAACUCCAAAGGAAACAUCAGAAGUAACAGCAUCAGUGAAGAAGAAAAUUGAAAAAUCUGGAAAGGAAAGUAAAGAAAAAGCAGAAAUGAAACAUCUUAAAGAAGAAAAAGUGCCAACUAGAAAAGAAGGUCUUCAAUUAUACAAUGUGACAAAAGCAGAAAAACCUGCAAGAGUAUCAAGAGAAGAUUCUGAAGAUGUACCAGCUUCAACGAAAGCUAAAGAAGAAGCUGAAGAUGUGCCUUCCACAAAGAGGCAAAAAAGCCCCAUCAGCUUCUUCCAGUGUGUCUACUUGGAUGGCUACAAUGGCUAUGGAUUUCAGUUUCCUGUCACUCCUGCACACCGCCCUGGAGAGAGCUCUGGCCAACCAAGUUCUCCAGGAGAGAAGCAACAAAGACAAUAAGACACAUAUACACAGCCCUUACAAGUGCUUUAAGACUUUGAAAAUAGGAUCUUCUGUUUGUCCAGAGUGGCACGUGCAAUUGAAAUCAUAUAGUCCGGGGAAUUUCUUUGAAAAUAUUUUACUCUUCUGCCUGGUGUAGAAAGAAAGAGUGAGCAAAGGGAUUGAAUGAUAAGUAGACAAGUUGGAGGGUCUGGCGCUCAAGAAUCUGUCUUUUGUUUGUUGCUGGGUGUGGGUACUUAUAUUUUUCCAUUUCCACUCACUGUAGGGUUGUUCACAAAUUAAGUUAAAUUUUACUUAAUAAUGGUCUUUUAAACAUAAUUGAUACAAUGACAAAAUGAAAUUUCUGGCUUCAGUUAGAUAUUUACUUUUAAGUGAAAACACGGACUAUGCUUUAAGUUUAAAGGGUAUAGGAGCUUAUACAAAAGCUGCUCUUUUACAUCAUGUAGGUAUCUAAACUCAAUUUACCCAGUAAGCUGAUGUUUAAUAGUUUUUUUUUAACAUCUUUAUUGGAGUAUAAUUGCUUUACAAUGGUGUGUUAGUUUCUGCUUUAUAACAAAGUGAAUCAGCUAUGCAUAUACAUAUAUCCCCAUAUCCCCUCCCACUUGUGUCUCCCUCCCACCCUCCCUAUCCCACCCCUCUAGGUGGUCACAAAGCACCGAGCUGAUCUCCCUGUGCUAUGCGGCUGCUUCCCACUAGCUAUCUAUUUUACACUUGGUAGUGUUUAUAUGUCCAUGCCACUCUCUCACUUCGUCCCAGCUUACCCUUCCCCCUCCCCGUGUCCUCAAGUCCAUUCUCUACGUCUGCGUCUUUAUUCCUGUCCUGCCCCUAGGUUCUUCAGAACCAUUUUUUUUUAGAUGUUUAAUAGUUUGAUUUGAUUUCUGUCUGUCUCUAUUUUAGUUGUGACUAUGCUCUAAAAAUGAGUAACAGUUGCACCAAAGAAUGCUUUAAGUUCCUUGUGAUGCUCUUUUAGAGCUCAGAAUAUCUCUGACCUUUAGACAUGAUAAGAUGGAGUAGAAAUGUUUGAUGAAUCUUAUCUCUAAGAUUUGUCUUGAAAUACUAUUAAGACAUUCACUCCAGUGGAAACACACUAUCCAAUUAGGCAAGUCUGGUGAAUCAUUUGUUUAAGUAUAAGCAAAUGAGAUGUAGAAUUGUCAGAUUUCUCCAGACUGUGCCCUAGUGAAAGUGUCACCUGGGUGAAAUUUUAGAUCAAUCACUAAAUUUGGGUGACAGAUACAAGAGUAUUUUCAUUUCAUUUUAAUAGGAUCAUUCUAUGGAGUUAAACAGGUUUUAUUUCUCAAAACAGAAAAAUAUGAAUGUCAUUAGAGGUGAAGGAAUACAUUUUAACCGUAAGUGCUUCAUGAGAUGUCUUACUUAUUUUUUAGGUAAUUGGUUACCAGUGUCAAUGAAAUGAAUGACAAUCUUUAACUUAUUUGGUGAUGCAUCACUGGGAAUAACUACUAUAGUUUUGCCAUCCUUUUGUCUCCCAGUGAUGUAAACACUUGUGUUUUUUACCACAUUUUUCUAUCAACUCUAAAAGUCAUGCCAGGGAAUUCCCUGGUGGUCCAGCGGUUACGACUCUGUACUUCCACUGCAGGGGGGAAGGGUUCCAUCCCUGCUCGGGGAACUAUGAUCCCGCAUGCUGUGUGGCGUGGCCAAAAUACUUAAAUAAAUAAAAGUAGAAGUCACGCCACUGUGACCUUUAUCAUGUUUACAGUUGCAAUUCAACUUAUGACACAUUAACUCAGGAAAUAAAUUGAGUUAUUCUUUCUGGCUUUAUAAUUAUCUUCAGCAAAGUCUGAAGUAGCCAGAGCCGACACUAGCCAAGUCAUUUAUUUUCAAGGGCUGCAACUAAGUUCUUUAGGUCCAAGAUGUAGAACUCUGUUUUACUAGAAUAUCAUUAGGGUAGGGCAUCAGUAACAUGUUAAUUAUUAAUAAUGAAUUUUCAGUGACUUUUGUGAAAAGUUGAUCUUGGCCACAGGCUGAUGGACCUAAGUUACACCACAAAAGCCAAUGGUACAAUGAACCAAGAUUAAUGACACUCCUUAUGGGGGGGUGCCUGGAAGUGUGUAACUUCCGUACUGACCAGAUGGUACCAUCUUGUAAAGCCUCUUCAUGUAACAAUGGAAACUUGUGGAAAGGACAGUGGAUGAAGCUUAUUGCUCAACUGCUGCCCCAGCGUGUCCAAUUUAAUGACUAAAGGAAUAGAGAGCAAAUAUGACAGUUUUCUCAACUUCAUAGAGAAGAAUGGUUUCAUUCUUUUCCUUCAGUGACUAUUGAGCAUUUACUCUUUCUAGGGCACUGCGUUAGGCACUGGACUAUAUAAGAAAAGUAUCAGAGACAAAUUCUUUUCCCAGUGCUAUCCUGACACAAUAUGUGGCCUUGGAAAAUUUGCUAAACAUACUGCGCUUGUUUCCCUGUGUGUAAAAUAGGGAUUUCAGGACAAACAACCUUAUACCUCACAGACGUACUGUGGAGACUGACAAAAUAUCUUAAUGUGGAUAUGACAUAAAAAAAAUUUUCUGAAAUAAUACUUUUGGAUGUGGCACUACUUUUCCCUCUGAGUGCCUUUCUAUAUUAUAUUAUUGUUUCUUUCACGCUCAUUAUGAAAACUGUUUGAUAAAAAAAUAAAAUAUGACAAUUUCUUGUAAUUAGAAUUAGACGAAUGAAUUAUGAUGUUAACAAUAUUAAUAAUAAUUGUUAAGGUUUAUCUGCUUAAAGUUACAAUGAUAAUAGCACAUGAAAAAUACUAACUAAACUCUCAUCUGUUCGUACGAGUCCAUCAAAUAAAGUAUUUCUAGCCCUUU